CGGGCCAGCAAAGGGAUCAUGCCAUUGUAAUAUGGCACCAUAAUAAGUACUCACUACUUCACUUCAUUACCCCUAGAAAUUGGAUAAACAUAAAUGAAAUGGAGGGAAUACAUGAAAUUGUAGGUUAAAUAACUAGAUAAGUGUUACAUUAGCCACAAUGAAUGUAGUAAAUGUUUGUGACAAUGAAAGUUAAACUUGAUAAACACAAUAAAUUACAUACGAAAACCUCCUAAACGUUCAAAGAGAAAAGGUGGUGGUUAUUUGGUAAAAAGAUGACUGUUUGAUUUAGUUCGGUUUGAUAUACAAGCUGUUAGGACUAAUUAAUAUGGAACAUUUUUUGUUUUUUGAAAAAUGAAUUAUAUGGAAUAUGGUGAAAAAACUACAUCGUCUUCUUUAAGGAAAGAAAAGUAACUAUUUGCAACGGUUUGCAGGAGUGGUUCUUGAAGAAGAAAUUCGGGGUAACAGUCUUCGAGAAUGAGCUAAAAUGGCCAUCAACCGAACCGUUCCAGGGCAGAACAAACUACACCAUCCCCGACCAGAUGCUAGACUUCGCGCUGAAGAACAAUAUCCUCUGCCGAGGCCACAACGUGCUCUGGCAGGACCCCAAUUUCCUACCGUCCUGGGUUCGCAACCUGACGGCGUCGCCGAAGCUUCUCAAACAGGCGGCGGACGACCGCAUCCGCAGCGUCGUGGGGCGGUACAGGAACAAGCUCAUCCACUGGGACGUCAACAACGAGAUGCUUCACUACGCCUUCUACGAGGAAUCCCUGGGGGAUCCAAACGCGUCUUUGGAAUUCUACAAAUUGGCGCAGGAAAACGACCCGAAUGUCACCCUGUUCCUCAACGAUUUCAAGCUCGUCGAGUCCUGCGGCUCCCGGAGCAACGUCGACGCGUACGUCGCGAAGAUCGCCGAGUUCCGGCGGAACGGGAUCAGGAAUCUCGGGAUGGGAUUGGAAGGGCACUUCUUCAAUUCGCCGAAUCCGGUUUACACCAGAUCCGUUCUCGACAAAUUCGCAACCCUAGGGGUCCCGAUUUGGAUCACCGAAGCCGACACCAGCGCGAAAUUCGGCCCGGAGAAACAGGCGGUGCAUCUGGAGAUGGUCUUGAGGGAACUGUUCUCGCAUCCCGGCGUGGACGGAAUCGUGCUCUGGGCGGCGAUGAGCACCGCCGGGUCGUGCUGGCAAAUGUGCCUGAGCGACAAGGACUUCAAAAACACGCUCGCCGGAGACGUCGUCGAUAAGCUCCUCGGAGAGUGGCAUACCGGCACGGUCACCGGUGUUACUCACAGCGGUGGUUCUUUUAACUUCUCCGGCUUCCUUGGAACGUAUAAAGUGAGAGUUGAAAUUCCUUCGAAGAAUUCGGAGACUGUAAUUUCGCUCACCAAAGGCGGUGGACCUCUAACCUUCCACAUCCAUAUCUAAAAAACUCUACUUAGCUUAUUCUAUUAAAAAAUUUAAAACAUGAUUUUAAAAAAUGAUUUUUUGUCUACAAACGGUUUUUC